GAUGACAGCGACGGAUUUCUUCAGAAGAGUGAACGUUGAUGACGACAUUUUGUCAAUAAAAUACUAAACCCUUGACGAUAUUAGUUCGUAUUCCUAGUGUUUAGUGUUUAACUAGUCAGCAGAAUGGCGGACAACGAACAAAAAGCGAUGCAGCUAAUGGCCGAGGCGGAGAAAAAAUUAAGUUCAUCAAAAUCGUUCCUGGGGUCACUUUUCGGAGGCUCCUCAAAAAUCGAAGAGGCCGUAGACUGUUAUCUCAGAGCAGCUAACUUAUUCAAGAUGGCCAAGAAGUGGCCUCAAGCAGGGCAGGCUUUCUGUAAUGCAGCACAGCUCCACUUGAAAGCUGGUGUUCGCCAUGAUGCUGCCACCAAUUUUGUAGAUGCUUCUAACUGUUACAAGAAAUGUGAUGCUAACGAGGCCGUGUCCUGUCUCCUGAAAGCGAUCGAGAUCUACACCGAUAUGGGUCGUUUCACUGUGGCUGCCAAACAACACCAGAACAUUGCGGAGCUGUACGAGACGGAGUGCGUUGACCUCGCUCGGGCAAUGCAGCACUACGAGCAGGCGGCCGACUACUUCCGCGGCGAGGAGUCCACCUCCUCCGCCAACAAGUGCAUGCUGAAGCUGGCGCAGUACGCCGCCCAGCUCGAGCACUACGACAAGGCCAUACAGAUCUACGAGCAGAUCGCCAAGUCGUCCCUGGACAACAGCCUGCUCAAGUACAGUGCGAAGGAGUACAUGUUCCGAGCCGCCCUGUGCCACCUGUGCGUCGACAUACUGAACGCGCAGCACGCCCUCGAGAAGUACAGCUCUCUGUAUCCAGCCUUCGGGGACACCAGAGAAUAUAAACUCAUCAAGGAGCUGAUCGAGCACCUUGAAGACCAAAACGUGGAUGCGUACACAGAGGCGGUCAAGACUUACGACAGCAUAUCCAGACUGGACCAGUGGUACACCACCAUGCUGGUCCGCAUCAAGAAACAGAUCAACGACAACCCGGACCUGCGUUGAAGGUCGUCGAGCGCUAGAGCUGCCGUCGUCGCGUAACAUGAAAUCGAUUUUAACGUUAUCGAUAUUACGAGUAAUUGCGGUUAUAUAUAUU